ACUUAGGUUUGCCUCCCAAUUUGUUAGCUACAGAUCUACAUCUUGAUAAAUUUGUCUAAUCUAAACUUCUAUCGAUCUCUGUCAUCAUUUUCAUGCCAGGUCACCAUAUCUUUAUUGUUGAAUAAAAAUAAUGUCUGUCUCCUCGGCUCUUCCAUAGACCCCGUAAACUGGGAGAUCCUCUUAUCGCUUUGUUACAGAUUCUAACCUGAAAUUCCGAGCAACCUCGACAAGAAAAGGUGAGUAGAAUAUGCGUCUACUCAAGGAAACUUCUUUGAUAUGAUUCUAAGUAGCUGUCAGUGCCCAGAUCAAUCAAGAAAAUAAAAACCAAACAAUUCCCAGGAUCGAUAAUAGAAGGUGUAGGCACAUCAAAGGGAAUGAAUAGGAGCAAUUCGGAAAGGGCAUCAACCUAUUAUGCAGACUGCAGACAGGACAUAUUUAUAUUCCUAGAAAAUAGCUAGAUGGCUGACAGCAGCAAAGAAGUAGAGCCCUUGUUAGAUAAAUUGCCCAUAAGUAGUCCCGCUGUUGGUGAUUCCAGAAGAAGAAAAGGUUUGCUGCGAUGUAAAAGUGCACCUCUGAGAGGACUGCUGGUUCACAAAGAAAAGAAUGACCCCAAAACACUCCUAGGAUCCGGGUCCUUUUUCGAUAACGUCCACCCGAACUUCAAGAGAGCGAUCCUAUACUUGCUGAUCUACUUGGGUAUAGGCACCCUUUGUUUCUAUAUGGUCAAGGACCAUAUCAAAGGAGAGAAAACAGAUGGAGUCCUCGACUCGGUUUACUUUGUCGUGGUGACAAUGACAACCGUUGGAUACGGUGACCUUGUACCCAACAGCGACCCCGCAAAGCUGCUAGCUUGCAUUUUCGUCUUCUCUGGAAUGGCUCUGGGAGGACUAUUUCUGAGCAAAGCGGCAGACUUUUUGGUGGAGAAGCAAGAGAGGCUAUUGAUCAAGGCAUUGCAUUUGCGCCACAAGGUCGGCCCGAGUGAGAUCAUGAAGGAAUUUGAAACAAACAGGGUGAGAUACAAGUGCGUGCUGACAACGUUGUUUCUAGUCCUGCUUGUGGUUGUGGGAACCGUGUUCCUAGUCCGCAUUGAAAAACUGGGCAUCGUCGAUGCCUUGUACUGUGUUUGCUCUACAAUUACGACGCUUGGGUACGGGGACAAGAGCUUCUCGACCAAGGGAGGGCGCGUGUUUGCUAUAUUUUGGAUAUUGCUUGGGACCAUCUGUGUGGCUCAGUUCUUUCUGUAUGUCGCGGAAUACAACACUGAAAGCAGACAGAGGGAACUGGUGAACAUUGUUCUUUCCCGAAGAAUGACCAAUGUGGACUUGGAGGAAGCUGAUCUCGAUGAUGAUGGUGCUGUUGGGGUGGCUGAAUUCGUGAUAUAUAAACUGAAGGAGAUGGGGAAGAUCACGCAAGCAGACAUUUCGCUUGUCUUGAAGGAAUUCGAAAGUCUUGAUGUUGACCAGUCUGGAACUUUGACUUCUUCAGAUUUGACGCUCGCUCAGUUAUCUUUAACGCCCCACUGAUUCUUGCCCGAUUUCCGCUACCAUCAUGAAAUCAUCAGCUCUUCUUUGAACCGUCUCGUCGGAUCUCAGCGAGCUGGAACGGAGCCCGCCUUCACAGUUCAUAAUUUGACGGUUGUAAAUACAUAAACAUAUACGGAGUAUAUGUGUAAAGUACAGUAUUUGUCAAAGUAUUUGUAUUGGUUGACGUGUUAAAGAAUUAAAAUGAAUUGUGCGUUGACUUUAUGUCUAUUUGCUCUAUACAUUCUACCCAUUUUUUUUGAGUAAUAAUUUAUUUUCUUUCUGAAGUUACGUGAACAUAUCAUUCAUGUGUAUUGCGUUCCGAGUUCAACGAUGUAAUAUGCAGUAAUUAAAAUAAAUGGGAAGCUCUUU